CACAUCGCCAUCCCAUCCCCGCUUGUCACUAGCUUGGGCCUUGGAGCUUUUGCCGCACCCGUGGCUUGGAGCCACUCGAUCGAUCGACCCCGUCGUCGUCGGCCCUGCAGCUAGCUUGCACCGUCGACCGUAGAAGCUAAGCGCGGGCCCGGGAAUGGCGUCGACCACCACCACCACCACCACCGUGGAGGACCUCCCCGCCGACGUGCUGGCCUGCGCGCUGCGCCGCCUCGACGGCCGCUCCCUGGCCGCCGCCAGCUGCGCCACCGCGGGGCUCCGGGCACUCGCCGCCGACCCGGACACGUGGCGCGCGCUCUGCCUCGCGCGCUGGCCGUCGCUGCUCGCAGCCCGCCCCGACCUCCUGUCCUCCUCCUCCGCCGUCUCGCCGCAGCGCCUCUUCGCCGACGCCUUCCCCUUCCCCUGCUUACCAGUGGACGCCGCCGCCGACGCCGCUCCCCUCGCGGGACCCGAGCUCCCUUCCGAGCUCGUCUCCGCCGUCGACCUGUACCACGGCGGCGCGCCGCUGCUCUCCCGCGUCGUGGAGACCGCCGCGUCCUCGACCUGGUUCCUCUCCUCGCCGUUCCGCGUCGACGCCGUGGAGUGCAAGAGCCCGGCGCCCAUCGUCGGCCUCGGCCUCGGCCCCGGCCGCGCCGGCGGCGCUGUGGCGGCCCCCGCGGAGCUGGAGCUGAGCUGGAUCGUGGUCGAACCCCGCGGUGGCCGCGCGGUGAACGUCUCCAGCCGGCGGCCCGUGGCCGUGGACAGGCACUGGUACACGGGGGAGGCGCUGGUGCGCUACGCGGUGGUGCUCGGCGGCUGCAAGUUCGAGGCCACCGUCACCUGCUCGGAGGAGACCGGGAGCGUCAGGGAGAUCAGCCUCGCCGUCGAGGACGCCGACGGCGCGGCCGUGAGCGGCGAGGGCACCCUGCGGCUCCUCGCGGCGGCGAUGGCGGGGCCGAGGAAGGGAGGGGACGGGCAGGAGGAGACGGCCAAGCGGAGGUACGAGGAGUUCGUCAGGAGCAAGAGGGUGAGGAAGGAGUCCAAGGCCAGGAAGGAGGUGCUCGUCGACCUCUGCUGCUCGGCCGUCAGCGCCGUCGCCGUUCUCAGCUUCGUCGCCGCCGUCGUGCUCCGGUAGAGCUACUACAGUUCUGGCCGAUGCAUCUCAUCGUCGCCGAGUUCUUGGCAUGUACAGUACAUAAUUCUAGGAGAGUUCUCUUUCUUUUUACACAGCUCACCGAGAUAGUGCAAGAGUUUUUCUUCUUCUUUUUUUCAUUUGCUUAUUAUUAGGCACUCAAGUUCGUGAUACAUGAUGUACGGGAAAUUUUCCAGUGAAACAAAAGAGAGAAAGAUACAUGACUCUCACG